UAAUGAAGUUGUCUGCAAAACAAACUACAUAAUACAAGAUAACUCAAAAGGUUACUUUAAAGAAAAACAAACAAAGCAAUACACAAAAGAAAACCUUGUAAUUGGUAGAACCCAGCAAGGUAAUCACUGACAUCAUCCAGCCAUUUAAGCAGGAAGUACUGGGCCGGCCCCUCCCAUGCUCCUGCCCUGCUGCAGAUCUACAAGAAGAAAUGAUGAUCCGUGCUGGUGGAUUCGAAUACUCCCCAGGAACUCUUCACAUCUACUCAGACAAUCUCCUCACUCUUCCUGCCAUCAUUGGCAUUGGAGGGGGCGGUGGGCUGCUCCUCUUGGUGAUCAUCGCUGUUUUGAUAGCCUACAAGAGGAAGUCGAGAGACGCGGACCGCACCCUGAAGCGCCUCCAGCUCCAGAUGGACAACCUGGAGUCACGAGUGGCCUUGGAGUGUAAAGAAGCUUUCGCUGAGCUCCAGACAGACAUCCACGAACUGACCCAGGAACUGGACGGCGCAGGGAUUCCCUUCUUGGACUAUCGCACAUACGCAAUGAGAGUCCUGUUCCCUGGAAUUGAGGAUCAUCCUGUGCUUAAGGAGAUGGAGGUACGGGUCCAAGCCAAUGUUGAGAAGGCACUCACGCUGUUUGGCCAGCUGUUGACCAAGAAGCACUUCCUGCUGACAUUCAUACGUACACUUGAGGCUCAAAGGUCGUUUUCUAUGCGGGAUCGAGGCAACGUGGCAUCUCUGAUCAUGACGGCCCUGCAGGGGGAGAUGGAGUACGCCACAGGGGUCCUGAAACAACUGCUGUCUGAUCUGAUAGACAGAAACCUGGAGAGCAAAAAUCACCCCAAACUGCUGCUCAGGAGAACGGAGUCUGUUGCUGAAAAGAUGCUAACCAACUGGUUUACUUUCCUCCUGUACAAGUUCCUCAAGGAGUGCGCCGGCGAGCCUCUGUUCAUGCUGUACUGUGCCAUCAAGCAGCAGAUGGAGAAGGGACCCAUUGACGCCAUCACAGGAGAAGCCCGCUACUCCCUCAGCGAGGACAAACUCAUCAGGCAACAGAUUGACUACAAAACACUGACGCUGCACUGCGUUAACCCGGAGAAUGAAAACGCCUCAGAGGUGACGGUCAAGUGUCUGAACUGUGACACCAUCACUCAGGUCAAGGAGAAGUUGCUUGAUGCCGUGUACAAAGGCAGCCCUUACUCACAAAGACCAAAGGCGUCUGAUAUGGAUCUUGAAUGGCGUCAGGGUCGAAUGGCCAGAAUCAUUCUGCAGGAUGAAGACGUCACGACCAAGAUCGACAACGACUGGAAAAGACUCAACACGCUAGCUCACUAUCAGGUAACAGAUGGCUCAGUGAUCGCCCUGGUGCCAAAGCAGAACUCUGCGUACAACAUCUCCAACUCCUCCACCUUCACAAAGAGCCUCAGCAGAUACGAGAGCAUGCUGAGGACGGCCAGCAGUCCGGACAGCCUGCGGUCCAGAACGCCAAUGAUCACACCAGACCUGGAGAGCGGCACCAAACUGUGGCAUUUGGUGAAGAACCACGACCACUCGGACCAGAGGGAAGGGGACCGAGGGAGCAAGAUGGUCUCUGAGAUUUACCUGACCAGGCUGCUGGCCACGAAGGGUACAUUACAGAAGUUUGUGGAUGACUUGUUUGAGACCAUCUUCAGCACGGCUCACAGAGGCAGCGCGCUGCCGCUGGCCAUCAAGUACAUGUUCGACUUUCUGGACGAGCAAGCCGACAAGCACUCCAUCACAGAUUACGACGUACGGCACACCUGGAAGAGCAACUGUCUUCCUCUGCGGUUCUGGGUGAACGUGAUUAAGAACCCUCAGUUUGUAUUCGACAUCCAUAAAAACAGCAUCACAGACGCCUGCCUGUCCGUCGUGGCUCAAACCUUCAUGGACUCGUGUUCGACGUCAGAGCACAAACUGGGGAAAGAUUCGCCUUCAAAUAAGCUCCUCUACGCUAAAGAUAUCCCCAACUACAAGAGCUGGGUGGAGAGAUAUUACUCGGAUAUUUCCCGUAUGCCAGCAAUCAGCGAUCAGGACAUGAGUGCCUACUUAGCGGAGCAGUCGCGCCUGCACCUCGACCAGUUCAACAGCAUGUCUGCUCUGCAUGAGAUCUACACCUACAUCAUCAAAUACAAAGACGAGAUCCUGUCGGCGCUCCAGAAGGAUGAGCAGUCCCGCAGGCAGCGGCUACGCGGCAAGCUAGAGCAGGUCAUUGACACAAUGGCCCUGGCCAGCUGAGGGCCAGCCAAUCAGACACCUCAACUAGUGCAGAACUUGGCUUAAUCCACACGCCUUUCCCUCUCCACGUCUGACAUCCAUUUCCAUUCACAAAGUUUUGAAAUCUGUUGUCGCCACGCUCGCAAACCUCCCCUCCUCCUCACAGCGGUGGGAAUGAGGCUGGAGGGAGACGGGCGACGCAGCGGCACGCCGGAGGGACAGCAGAAUGUUUGGUCACCACACUUAGUUUUACUUUCUUCUGAGGCGCAAUUCUUACUCUGAUCAACCAAAUCAAAUGCAACUCCUAGCCUCAGCUAAUGUGGACCUAAGCUUAAACAGGUGGGCUGGAAAAAAAAAAAAAAAAAAAAAAAUGGUUUAGCCGGAGCUGGAACCCCUGCGGGGAAGGUACAGGCCACCGCUUGGUAUCUUUCCACUGCCACAGCAACGGUUCAGACUGUGAGUCAUCGAAAAUCCAGGAGAUUUCAUCACUCUACUUGAUCCCCUUUCUGUUGCUGUUCUCCGUAGGGAGCAGGAGAGACGAAACAUCAGGGACUCUGCAGAAUGGUGGCAGGACAUCCUGGCAGAGAUUUACUUAGACGUUUCAGGAAGCCGCAGAAACGAUGGGGACGGAGGACCGACCCGAGAACGUCCCCCGUUUCCGGUUUGGACUCUCCACGUCUCUAUCGGCGCAAAAAACAAAAAAACAACAACAAAAAACAAAACACGCCUCUGAAGUCCAACGAAAACGCCGUUAUGCUGCGUUUAAUUUGUCAUUGCAUCUGAUUCUUUUCUCUCCCCAGUGCUGUGCCACUUGUGUUACUGCUGAAUUUGCACAACAAAAGCUAAAUCAAAAGAGAGAAGAGGAUAUAUGAUUAAAUAUAUAUAUAUAUAUAUAGAUAUAUAAAUACAACCCUUUGUUUUUAAAACGAAUCAAAAAGUUGAACUUUUUUCCUCCAUUUCAAUGUACAAAAGAUGUUUCAGAAAAUUUGAUAUUUCCUAGAUGAAAAACAAACAAAAAAAAGAUUAUGAAAACAAGGAAAAAGUCGUCUUGUGCCAUGUUUUACUUUGAAUGUCGUUUAGUGCAGAGAGACUUCUUUUUGUUAGAUAAAAUGUGCUAAUUUGAUCAUGUUGUCAUGCUUAGUGACUGCGAGUUUUAAAAACAGGUAAAUGGCAGAAAUAUAAGAAUAUAUUACAGACGCUCUCUGUUACCUGAGUUCUUGGCGACCGUUGUGUGCUGUGGCUCCGAGGAGCGUAAAAAGACAAACGAUGUCUGGAAGCCACCGAUGAGCCAAACCAACCUACAGAGCUUUUGUGUUUGCUUUUUUUUGUUUUGUUUUCUUAGAGAAACCAAAUAGAUCAGGAUCAGCCGUUUUAGACGAGUUGCUGGUGUUGAAGGCGGCCUCAUGCUGUGCCGUAGACCUGGAGGCAGUAGGUGGGUAUCUACACAGAUCCCUGGCACACUGUGCUGUGUAACUUCUAGGUCUUGUUUUCUAGACCUCCCCUCUCGUCUGAAGCGAUUUAUGGGCCCUCGCCCGCUCCACUGAAGGAUAGUUUUGCUGUGCACAGAAAAGUGAAUCAGUUUUGUCAAAGUCUGCAGUAAAGCCUGUAAAACUUAAAAGGCCCUUUUUUUUCAACUGUGAAUGUGGUUUUUCAAAAAGAUAAUGAAAUGUAGCUUGAAAUAUGUGAGUGUUUUUGUACAAGUUGAAGGCCUUUUUCUUUAUGUUUUCUGUAGUUCUUAUAGAGGUAAAAAGAACUUAAAAAAACAUCCUGAUAUUUUUUCUUGCACAGUUUUCUGAAGCACAUUAACUUUGAGUGCUUUGAAAGUCAUUUUGUUGGUUUGCAUCUUGUUCUGCUUCCGGUGCGGUUUCUACAGAGGGACGGAAAACGGAGGGAAAGGGUUGAAACUGUUCACAAAGUUCAAACAUAACAAACUCAGCCAUCCAUCAACAGACAAUACAAAUCACAAAAUUAGAUCCCACAAAUAUGUUAAUUUUACUGGACUCUUUAGAGUUGUUGGCGCCUCUGGUAAUAGUAUGUAAAAAGCUUUAAAAGAAAUUCAUCUUUUAUUGCAGUAAUUUGGUCCCACAUUCAUUUUUUGGGGAAAAAUCUAUUUACGUUACCAGCAUAUUAUGUUUUGUGUUGGGAAUAACAAAUAAUUCCCAAAAGUUAUUUCUUGGUAAUGUUUUAACUCUCCACAUGGGAUUUGCGUGGGAGAAACCUUUACUCUGGAACCCGUUAAAAACAAGCCAAGCCAUGAUUUACACAAUUAAAUUCAACAAUGAAACACUUUCCCAGCUUAGAAAAAAAACAUUGCUGUGUGGACAGGAACUAAGAAGAGUCAUCUUGGGGUCAUCAAGUCUCUAUAACAACCAAUAAACUGUGAUCUGCUUCCCACUUGGUGAUUUGGAAAGUAUUCUAUGAUGUUCACUUUACCGUCCAAACCCACCAGUAAAUGGUGGAGCUGCCAAAAAGCUAAACAUGUGACAUGACAAAGUAUUCACAGCAGGUGCUUAAAUAAUUGUGGCACCCAUUAAUUUGAUAAAAAGGUUUUUAUUUUAUUUUUCUCAUUAAAUACAUUUACUCAAA